AAGCAGAGCAAAUCGGACUACAGGUCAAUGUAGAUAAAACAAAAUACAUGAUAGUUAGCCGAAACAUCCACCCUAAUAACAUGGUUUCGUGGACUGUAUGUCAUUCAUGAAAGUAGACAGAUUCAAAUACCUCGGCUCCACAAUAAACUCAAUAAAUGAUCAACUAACAGAGAUAGACCAGCGAAUAACAAGUGCGAACAGAUCUUUCUUCUCUCUUUCAAAGGUACUGAAAUCCAGAAAUCUCAAAAUUAGGAUGUACAAUGCCUUGAUUAAGCCAGUUCUGCUGUACUGUUGAGAAACCUGGACUCUAACCAGCACACUAGAAGCCAGAAUUGAGAGAUUCGAAAGAAAAGUUCUACGUAGGAUAACAGGACCUAUAUGGGACUAGAAUAUUGACACAUGGAGGAGAAGGAACAAUAAAGAACUGUUGAAAGAAACGGGUCAGUCAAUAUCUCAUGACAUGAAGGCAGGGAGGUUAAAAUGGGCAGGGCAUGUAGCUCGUAGCAAUCCGUCUGGACGCCUUUACACGACAAUGAAUGCCAGAGUAGUAGGCAAGAGACCAUGUGGGAGGCCAAAAACCAGAUGUAUAGAUAGCAUAAACAAAGAUAGGGCUGAGCUUCAUGCCACAAACUGGAAAGCAGUAGCCCACAUUACGAUUACUGUCAUUAUGAUUAUGAUUACAAUGAUCUUGAUUACGUUAUUACAGUGUUCAGGUUUCCGAUGACUAUUGUAAUCAGGUAAUUGUGUCACAUUUAUGCUUUAGUUUAAGUGCUAUUGAAUCAGGUGUAAAGUUGGUGUGGUCGUUAAGUUUUAUUUUCAGUUGUAAUUAUGUAUUCAUUGAUUCAGAUAUGCCCCAUCUCUGGUUUUAACCUACUGCCUCAUAGAAAAGCCUCAAAAUAGUUCAAAAAUAGAAUUCAUCACUGAGGCACCCUGUUAUUUAAACAGAAUGAGCCUGACAGGCUUUUAACUCACAUAUGAGUCCACUGUCUCAUAUGAGUCUGGGCUAAAUUCCUUCUCGAUCCAUAUAUUAGUCCACUGACAUUAAAGGGUCAAGGAUUACAACUGACAUGUUGAAUAUACCUAGUAAUACUGCACUCUCAUUGGCCAGCAUAAAGUUUCAAUUGAUUUUAAAACUAUUCAAUUUCGUUCAUUCACUUGCUAUGUUUAGAAAUGAAUAUGUAUUUUUUGAUCAGGGUACCUAUAGGAAAACAUACAUGUCAUCGGAACCAUACACAUUAAUAAAACAAUUGGUUCUAUCCUUUAGUGAGACACUUGUUGCUGACACCUUUGUCCAAAUAUCAUUUUUUGGGACUGAUUUGUCUCUUAAAUGUAAAGAUCUUGUAGAGAAAAAAUUUGACCUGAUCAUAAUACGUUCCUUACAUAGCCAGGAUCUUGUGGUCCUAAGAAUAUUACAAAUAGUUUUUAACAAAUAAAUAAUUCCUAUAACAGCUUUAAGGGUGGUUGUAAAGUAAAACUAUUCUCUAAGAUGCAGCAUUCUUCAGAGACAUAAAACACAGUAAUAAAAUUAAAGGUUCUUAAACCUUGGCGAUGAAGAAAAUAUUUUGAUUUUAUUUUAUAGAUUUAUUCAACUUAUUUUAGUUAUAUAGGUGAAUUAUAUGUGAUGGCUGUAAUAUUUUGUUGCAUAAAAAAACAAAUUCUUGAUUUAUUUUUAAUGCUUUCUUUAAUGGUCAAUAUUAAUUUAAGUUACAUUUAUACAGGGAUAUCCAAUUCUCGCGAGAGAAGUGACUCGAUGCCUUCUCGCCAUCGAACAACGAGCGAGAGUGCUCACUUCAUUCACUUUCCUCAGGGCCACAUACGACCUCACUCCAUGUACAACAAGGCGAUUAACAAUUAUUCACCUCCUGUUGUUUCCAGCCCAGUCAGUCCAGCAAGUGUGGCUUGCUCGACCGAUUCAGCUGAGUCCUCGUUGUCCAUGGAUGGUGAUGUCCCAGACGUACCUUGGGAAGAAAGUGGGAGGUAUUCACUUACUCCUGAUGAACCGGUUAUCCUUGAAGAAAAUUUGGAUGACUACGCUCCUUGGCCAGGGGAAGAUGAAAAACUUAACAAUUACAUGCCGAUGGAGCCUUCUUACUGCCUUUCUAUUCAGUCGAACAGUACGCUGAACAGGAAGCACUCGCCUAACCCCAGUAGCAGUGGUUUCAAAUCCAGUUCCCCUUCACAGGGCUCAGGAAUGGACAUGUACAGCCCCUACAGUUCCUCUCCAUUAGAUACACCUGGUAACUACCUUCCAAUGAGUCCAGGUGACAAUCGUUACCUGAGAAAUACCGUAGUAAAUCAUAGUCGAGGAAGCAGCUUAACCGAAGAUGGUUAUGUUCCUAUGGCUCCAGCUGCCUCCGAUGAUGGCUAUGUGGAUAUGGAUCAAGGAUCAGUCCAGAACAACAAACAAGGUUCCUGUGGUUCGAUCACAUCUGGCACCCCAUCAACGGACAUACGGUUUUCUGAGUAUGCACUUGAUAAAGUGUCAGCUUUCUUUCCUCCUAGCGAUGCGGAUCCUGCAAUCGACCUAACGCCUAAUGAAAGGCCCGCUCGAGCCUAUUCGGUGGGUUCCAGGCCAAGCCAAAAUGUUAAUAGAUCUGAAUUAUUAAGCUCAAGUACCUGUGAAAGAGUUCGUGCUUUCUCAGUUGGCUCCCGAAAUGUGCAUGUAUUUGGUCGCAUACCACCAUCUUCUAGCCACUCGUCAAUGGAACCCUGUGACGAUAUGAUGGAAUUAGACUUCAGUAAAAAGGGCCGUCGAGCAAGAAAGAAAGCUAAUAGUUCUGAAAGGUUAAGUGUUCCUGGAAGUAGUGCAUCCACUUUAUCUUCUGCUGCUAGCUCAUACUCUACAGCCGAAGGAAGUUAUAUGGAAAUGUCUCCUCCCAAGAAGUGCUUCGGAAAGUCGCCACCCAAGUCUUCUCCUCCAGGACACCCAUCACCUUCUCUCAGUAGGGUUCCUGAAGGCGGGGAAGGCUACAUGGAAAUGAAACCUGGCGAUCCCAAACAUAUUGUACCGAUGAAUACUAAAGUAAGAGUAGAUUCAUUUCCGGUUACAUCACCUCCUAUUAAGCCUUUUCUUCUCUCGGGAAGGAAUAAGGACGAUUAUCUCGAUAUGAGCCUUAAGAGGAAAAUGUCCAUCACUGAGGACAACAAUAACACUAAGGUAAUGGCUCCUCAACCUGACGAAUACGUAGAGAUGACCCUCGGACCUAAAGCUGACCAAGAAAGCAGUUACAUGGUCAUGAACAUGGGCAGCAAGGAAAGGAGAGGCAGUCGAAGAGGAAGCCAACCGAUCACCAUCCAAGGCCCGAAGGAACCAAGUUCCUUGCCUAUCUUCGCCCUGUCGGGAGGAAGGAAGCACUCGACUGGCACGCCACCCAAGGGCCCCCUCCACCUGUCGCUGAGCGGCUCUCCCAGGUGGAGCCACAAGAGCCUCAGCAACAAUAGCAUCAGCAGCACCAGUACCACCAGCAGUAGGAGGGACGAUCAAGGCAUUUUCCCAUUCAGCCCGGAUGGAUACGAACCUCCUGCAAAGUGUCCUGUCGAUGGAACCUCGGGCGAGUUGCGUAUCUAUAACGAGGAAGAUGACGAUGAUACUGAAGUGAGCCCUAUGGAUAGGCUUCUCUCAGGUUUAGGAAACGUAACAAUAAUGUCUCCUAAAGAAGAUUCAAAGCAUUCAGCCUCUACUCUUUCUCCUAAUGGAAAGAGCUGCAUUAUGCUUCCCUUGACCUGGUAAAAUCAGGUUCAGAAAGUGAAGAGUCCAGUAGGACCGUUCGGACGGGCACGGAAUCCUCAUCUUCCCCCAGCCCAAGCCUUCCUUCGGACAGUUCACCUUUCAAUUAUGCAGAGAUAGAUUUUGCGAAAUGUACGAAUAAGUCUCUUCAUUGAACAGUGUACACGACCUCUUGUCAGAUACACUUCCUAAAUUUAGACAACAUUAUUGACCACAUUUUGUCAUAAUUUUUUAAUAUAAUUUACAUUUAUUAAAAAGUAUUAGCGUUAAUUAUAUACAUGUUAUAAUAAUAAUAACAAUGUGUUUAAUAGUGUUGUCUAAAGGUUGUUAUUAUAAUUAUUUUAUUUUUUAGUUAAUGUGUAAAUAUGUAUAUUGGAUUGAAGAUUACAAUGAAGUUCGGUGCAUGGUUUUUAAAUUGAAAUUAAAUUAAAAAAAUAUAGGAUCCUAGAAUGGCUAAAGUGCAUGGUGGUUUCUGUUUGAAGAAUGAUUUUCAACAUAUCGUAUUGCCAAGAUAAUAUGUAUUUGGUUCUAAUCAGAGUUACCAGGCUAUUGAUAAAGUUUAAUAAUAUUGUUAGGUAAUUUUUGCCUUUUUACACAUAUCACAGAGGUCGAGGGUUGUGUUGAAUGCGAGAUGUGGUAGGGAAGCUCUAGAAAGCAUAUUUUGCCUUGUUUAAUUUCUUUUUUUCUUUUUUUGAUGGAAUAAUAAGGAAAUAAUUAAUGUGUGUCGUUUUUAGUUAAUUUAUUUUAGGACCUUUUGAGGUGCUCUAAAGUGUAUAAAAAGGACUAUUUUCUAAUCUUAAAUAAUUGUAUACAUUUUAUUUUGUGUACUCGCCGUACACUUUUAGUGCCAUUUUUAAAGCAUUUCAUCAAGCAGAUCAUACUAAGCUUAUGAAUAUACUAUACUUCUGAAUAAAGAUUAUCCUGACUGAUAAUUCAUAAUGUUAAAUGUUAAGUUUAUUAACGCAACUCUGAGCUGCCAUUAAAGUUUAUUCUCUCAGGUUUACGAUUUGAACUAAUCUUAAUAAAUCAAAUUUUCAGUUCUCUUUUUUUAUUUUAUAUAUUUUUUUUUGUUUUUUACUAAUAUAAAAACAAUUGUUCCUUACGUUUUUAAUUUUUAAUUACCUUGAAUAUGGUACCUCAAUCAUUCCAGUUGUUAUGAAAUCGAUCAUGGCAACUGAUGGUCCUAAAAAACAAAACAAAAACCAGAGUGUUCAACGUUACGUCCUACAUAAAAUUUAGUAACUAGGGUUUUUCUACUCAUGUUUUAUUAAUAUUCACUUUUAAUUUUUCUUAGCGAAGGUUAGCCACUUAUAGUUUGAGGAGCUUUUAACAGGAACUGUCAUAGCGUCUGUUAGUGAAAAUGUUUUAUUAUCAAACUAUGUUUUCUUUAAACAAAUGAAGUCUGCUUUAGGCUUUUAGAAGUUAGGCUAAGUGAAUUUUGAACAAGCUUUAAGCUGUAUCCUUAUAUAUAUUCAAAAAUAUAUAUUAAAAUAUUUAUCUAAUUUAAUUAAUUGUAAAGUGUUAUGGUUGUUUUCAUUCUCUAUCCAGAAUGAAAAUCGACAACAAAAUAAAUAUAUAUAUAUAUAUUAAAUAUCCUAUUAGUGUGGAAUUUUAUAUCCUGUCGGUUUAUUUUUUUAUUUUUAUUUUUUAUCAUUUUUUUCCUCCUAGAUCUAAUGUAAUGUUAGAGCCCUAUGUGUUUACUUAACCACAUGGUAUAAUGUUUAAGUCCACCUUUAUACAAAAGUCAAACAUAAAGAGUUCCUUUCAUUUAUUUGUAAGUUAUUAUGUUCCCAUUGUCGAAGUGUGUGUAAGAAAGUGAUGUUUUAACAUUAUUAUUAUUAUUAUUAUUUUUUUGUAUAUUAAAAGUGUUAAGAUUCGAUUAUUGUAAAUGUAAUUAUUUAUUAUAUAUAUAUGUUAAAAUAUUUAUAAUCAGUCUCUUUUAAUUUAAUUUAUAUUUAAUUGUAUUCAGCUCUAUAGCUUUAAAGAUGUAUUAUACUCCUAAGCAGCCAUGUUCCUUCUCUCUCUCAUUUGUCACAAUAUCUUUAAAACUUAAUUAUAACUAUUUUCUAUCCUCUUAUUGUAACCUAUAUAAAGUAAUAAUAAUACUAUUAGAUAUAUAUUUAUUAAAGGUAAUUGUAUGACUGUUAAUUAUUUUUAAAUUAUAGUUAAUGAAUUCCUUACAGAACUACAAUGCAAGUGUAUCAUUAUAAUAUAGUCUGAACUUUAUAAAAGACCAUGCCACAUUUGUUUUUACAUUCCAUUAUUAGAAAUGCACAUUAACAUAUUAUGAUUAAAUUUGUAAUUAUUUUAUUUUUAUUUUGGAAUUAUUAAUUCUUCAAAGGGCUCGAAGUAUGUUAUAAUAUUAAGGAUUAUAAAAAUGUUAUUCGUUGCCAUAAACUUUUCAUUUUUCUUUUCUUUUUACGUAGUUGACCAAAUAGAGAUCUAGUCAAAUAGCUUCAAAGCCCUUGCUCAUUGAAUAAUAUUUAAGAACAAAUUAUUUUAAUUGCUCAACAUAAAAUUAAUGUGCAUUAUAUAAUUUUUAAGGUUCAAAUACCAAGUUUCAUUCGGUUACAUGAAACAGGCUUUAUUUAAUUAUCUUUUCAACAGAGUAAACAGUGGGGUUCAAAUAUUACAUAUAUUUUAUUUAAUUUGUUUGAAUGUAAAUUAUCGACAAUUAACUGAGUACUGAUUUCAUUACAAAAAAAUAAUAAAAAAACAAAAAAAAAAAUCAAAAAGAUUUGUCGUUAAGAUUUUAAAUGCUGCUCAUUUAAUUGUUUUAAUUAUAUUUAUGGCUUAAUUGAAGGUAUGUUAAUUGUUUUGUGGAUUUAUGAUUUUACAUAAAUGUAUGUAUAUAAAAAUAGAAAUGUAAAUACGAUUUUUUUUUUUUAAAUGUACACUACACUCAUCAUGCCCUAUAUUGUACAUUAAAAUGAAGGGAUUAAGUAUUUGAACUCUAUUCUGAGUUGCAUAUGUUAACUGAAAUUUAGCUAAAUAUUUUCCCCCCCUGCUCAUAAAAAAAAAAUUAUGUUACACAAUUUAUUUAAGUUUUGAUAUUGUAUAAUUUUUAUGUACAAAAUUACCUUUUAAGAAAUGUUAUCUUGGUAUAUUCCACAAACACUUAUAAAAAAUAUUAUAUCAUUACUGCCGAAUAUUCCAAUGAAGAGACUGUAUUUACAUAUGAAUAAAUAAAUAAGCUUAAAUUUCAGAAAAUGUUUCCAUCAAUUUGUUUGCAUUUCACUUGUAUAGAUAGAACCUCUUGUUAUCAUAUAUGCCAUAGUUUUAGAUUAUAUAAUUUUAAAAUAUAUUAUAUGUAUAGUGAAAUCUA